AUGGGUGCUUGUUGUAGUUGUUAUAAAAAUCCUUCCAUUUCAGAUAAUCUUGCAGGUGUUGAUACAGAUGGCAAUAAUUUAGGUGUCAAUGGAGGUGGCACUGAUGAUACAAGCGUCCUUCCAAUCGCUGAUAAUGAAAGGGAAGCAGUAACUGCUCUAUUGGGAUAUUUAGAAGAUAAAGAUAAUUUAGAUUUCUAUUCAGGUGGCCCAUUAAAAGCAUUGACUACUCUGGUUUAUUCUGAUAAUUUAAAUUUACAAAGAAGUGCUGCUCUAGCCUUUGCUGAAAUUACCGAAAAAUAUGUAAGACAAGUUUCUAGAGAAGUAUUAGAGCCUAUAUUAAUUCUUUUACAAAGUGAUGAUUCACAAAUUCAAGUUGCAGCUUGUGCUGCGCUGGGAAAUUUAGCUGUUAAUAAUGAAAACAAAUUACUUAUUGUAGAAAUGGGUGGAUUAGAGCCAUUAAUUAAACAAAUGCUAGGUGAUAAUGUUGAAGUACAAUGUAAUGCAGUUGGCUGUAUAACUAAUUUGGCUACCAGAGAUGACAAUAAGUAUAAGAUUGCCACGUCAGGUGCAUUAAUACCACUAACUAAAUUAGCUAAAUCCAAACACAUUAGAGUCCAAAGAAACGCUACAGGUGCAUUAUUAAAUAUGACACACUCAGAGGAAAAUAGAAAAGAAUUGGUUAAUGCAGGCGCUGUACCAGUUUUAGUAUCAUUAUUAUCAUCAACUGAUCCUGAUGUUCAAUAUUAUUGUACUACUGCACUUUCUAAUAUUGCUGUUGAUGAAGCUAACAGAACAAAAUUGGCACAAACAGAACCAAGGUUAGUCUCUAAAUUGGUUAGUUUGAUGGAUUCUCCAUCUUCAAGAGUUAAAUGCCAAGCUACUUUGGCUUUAAGAAACCUAGCAUCAGAUACAUCAUAUCAAUUAGAAAUAGUUAGAGCAGGUGGAUUACCACAUUUAGUUAAAUUGAUCAAAAGUGAUUCAAUUCCAUUACUUUUAGCUAGUGUUGCAUGCAUUAGAAAUAUCUCAAUUCAUCCAUUAAACGAAGGUCUAAUAGUAGAUACUGGGUUCCUAAAACCUUUAGUGAAAUUAUUGGACUAUAAAGAUUCCGAAGAGAUUCAAUGUCAUGCAGUUUCAACUUUAAGGAAUCUUGCUGCAUCUUCUGAAAAGAAUCGUAAAGAAUUUUUUGAAAGUGGUGCCAUUGAAAAAUGUAAAGAAAUGGCAGUCAGUUCACCAAUCAGUGUACAAAGUGAGAUUUCUGCUUGUUUUGCAAUUUUAGCAUUAGCAGAUGUAUCUAAACUAGACCUUUUAAAUGCUGGUAUUUUAGAUGCUUUAAUUCCAAUGACUUUAUCACCAAACCAAGAAGUAUCAGGAAAUUCUGCCGCUGCCUUAGCGAACUUAUGUUCCAGAAUUAAUAAUUAUCAAAAAAUCAUCCAAUGUUGGAAUGAACCUGAUGAUGGUAUUCGUGGUUUUUUAAUCAGAUUUUUACAAAGUGAUUAUGCUACUUUCGAACAUAUUGCUUUAUGGACUAUACUACAACUUUUAGAAAGUCAUAACGUUAAAAUUUUAGAAUUAAUUAAACAAGAUGAUGAGCUGGUAUCAGGAGUGAAAAAAAUGGCUGUUUUUACAUCCAAUAGGUUAAAAAAAUCAGGAUACGAUGUAAAAGGAGAUGAUACACAAAAGAAUAAAAAGAAUAAGAACAAUGAUAAUGAUAAUAAUAAUAAUAAUAAUAAUAAUAAUAAAAAUACUGUUAAUAAUGCAGGACAAACCGUUACAGAUGAUGAUAUAGAAAAUUCUGAGUUAUCUGAAUCUGGGGAAGAUGCAAGCUUGGAAUUAUAUAAUAUAACACAACAAAUCUUGGAAUUUUUACAUUGA